AAGUUACGCAGCUCCAAAGUCGUGGACGAGCUGGUGACACUGCUGCUGGCCAAGCAGGAGAGCAAGGAUCAUGUACACAACAAUGACAACAACACUCUCUCAACGACUACUCCAAUGUCUGCGCCCCAGCCAACUCCACGCAACGUCUACCAGGGCGACGAAGACCGUAGCGAGCUCCACAUCGUCUUCAGUAUGAGCUGCGACCAAGGCCGACGUGUGCCGCUGCAGACCAUCCUACAGUACUCGGCUGUUGCUGUGGGUCAGCGUGGCCCAAUAACGCAAAUUCUUUCAGGCUGCACAGACUCCCAGCGCGAGGAAGUCAUGCGGGAGCCUACACUAUACUAUGACUUCCGCAGACACUUCACACCGUCGUACUCGCCUCAUCCAACGCCUAAUGUCACCGACUACUACACUCCAUACAAUAAGCCAUUCGCCCUGCGCCACUUUCUGCGGAACGCACAGCCACCUGUGAAACACGAUAUCAUCGCGCUCAUCGACGGAGAUAUGGUCUUCUUCAAGCCACUGGAGGUGAAUACAGGUCGGAAUAUGACCAAAUACUACCAUGGGAAACGACAUUUGUCCACCGUGAACGACACAGUAGCCGACGGCGUUGCUAUUGCACAGGACUGGUACAAUUACUUGAACAUUGGCUGGUAUGCUGAUGCUUAUAGAGCGAAACUGGAGGCCAUUUGCACUGGGAAGCCUUGCAUGAACGUGACGCGUAAUGAUGCACGAGAAUAUUACUCAAGCACAGGACCUCCAUACAUCAUGACUCGACAUGAUAUGGAGCUCAUGGUCGAUGACUACUGCGACUUUGUCGUGCAAGGUCGUCGAGUGGAUGAUGCCUGGAUGGUCGAGAUGUUCGCGUACACACUGGCUGUGGCCAACCACGGAAUCAAACACACUUUGUUAACGAAUUUGGGAGCGACACACCCCAAACUUGCACUGAAUCAGCGAGAAUACUGGGAUUUUGUAGACGAAACAUUGCCCAAUCCAUGUGAAGAUUCCAGUGCGGUAGUGAUGCCGUCCGAUCCGCCUGUAGGCAUCCACUACUGCCAGAAGUAUGGCUUCGUCGAAGGUUACCACAAAGGUCACUAUUACUACAAGUACGACCUGCCAGAGACGCUUGUGAACUGCGAUAGUCCGUUGCUCAAGGUGCCACCUGCAUCGGAUUGGGAUACACUGGAGCAAACGACGCCACGUGAAUUACUCGUGCAAAAGCGGCACGAAGUCUGGAUCGAGUGUUCCACCACCAAAGUAGUUAACCAAGCCAUGAUCAAGUAUAAGCAGCGCUCCUGUUCCAACGGCUACAGCACAGAGCAGAGCAUCGAGAUGGUCAAACUGUAGAACAACUCUUUACACCAAGAACAAGGUCAAUAGAAUAGCAAACCAGCCUGACGCAGAUACGAUCAAUGAGUUUGAAUUGAGGGUUCCAACGAAGAUCAAGGACGACAACCUUACGAGUCGACGAGAUGUGCUUACAGCAAGCCUUGGCGAGCCAGAUCCUCGUACGUCUUUCUGUUCAGCACGUUACCUUCCGAGUCCUCGAAUUCCUCCUCAUUCGACGCAUUCCAGCUCUCAGCGUCGAUCUGAUCUUUCAACUUCUCGUAAACUAUUCAAACAAACAACACCGUCAGCUCAGUCAAAGACACAAUAUCAACGAUAAAGCAGGACUUACGCUGGAUAGCGUCUCUCAUGAGCGUGAUAUCGUGGAAAUGCUUCGUGUUGGGGAUCUUCAGACAGCGCAUA